CUACGGUAACAAUGUCUACUCCACCAUCCCAUGAGCCAAAUUAUGACGAUAGGGGACCGGGUCUCAUCGUUAUGGCGUCCAUAUCUAUCGCUGUGUCCACGAUCGCAGUAGUUGUUAGGCUUUGGUCUCAAUUAGUGGUAACCAGACGCAGGCUUGGGUGGGACGAUGUUGCUCUCCUAUUCACACUUUUGUUCUCACACCUUACUCUGGGGACGCUGAUAGCCUGGGUGUACUAUGGUUUCGGAAAGCACCAGUGGAUGGUGCCUAUACAAAACAUGAAGUCGCUUCUUCUCUGUUUCCACCUCUAUAAGACGUGGUACAACACGGUCAUCUGGCUUAUGAAGUUGAGCGCCUUAACACUCUACGCACGCCUAUUCCGGGUCUCCAAAAGGAUGCGACAAGUUCUAUGGGGGUUCGGUGUUAUUGUUACGCUAUGGUGGGCAGCUAUCGCAGUGACAUCUUGGAUGGAAUGCCAUCCGCGGAUGAAAACGCUGGAUCCCACGAUCCCUGGGGAGUGUCCAGGACUAGGAAUGCCGUAUUACUAUGCGCUCGCCAUUAUCAAUCCAAUCUUCGACUUCAUAAUUCUCCUCCUACCCGUACCGCUUAUCUGGCAGCUUUAUAUGCCUACAGGUAAAAAGCUGCUCGUCGUGGCAGUGAUGCUUUUUGGAUAUUCGUCGGCAUUCUUGUCCUUGGGAAGAUUUAUCAUCAUCGUUCGCAGGCCAGAGUUGCUUGCAAGUUACAGUCCCACUGCCGAUCCAACCUGGGACAAUGUACCAUUGAUAUAUGUUUCCUCCCUCGAGGCCCCCUUUGCCAUUGUUGCUCUUUCCGGACCCCCAGUUAACCAGUUCCUGAAACGCGCAAAGCAAUUUGGAUGGCGGUCGCUGCUUUCUUCGCGAGAGUACCCGUCCCAUCAGUAUGCCUCUCAUCGCGGAAACUUCGUUGGAGGAGGCAACAGCACCAAAGGGAGCAGAACGACCGCGCCUAAGAGCAAUAAUAAUGAGUCUGAAGAGGAUAUCCUCGGUCCUGUAAGACCACAGUACGAAGAGCGCAACGAAACGUUGAACAACCAUUCAAACGCGGUUGGUGGGAACAGCGCAUACUUAGAUUUGAACCAUGUGCCUUUGGGAGCAAUUCGUGUUGAUAAGAACAUUAGUAUCGUCAACAAUAACAGGUAACUCUAGCGUGCAUUAUCUUGUAGAUUAUUUCCCGCCUGUAAUAUUUUACCUCAAGCCUUCAAAGCUUGCUAGAUCACAUUUUGUAUAAAAGAAUGAUUUAAAUACCCUAUGCGAUUAAUUAUCCUACGCGGGAU